UCAGGCACAGUUUAAGACGAUUAAUAUUUGGUCUAUACUUUGCCUAGACAGUCUAAGAAUGUGACUGAUUUAUCCAACAACCUGAUACACUUUGUUCUAACUAAUAAAUUGCUAUAUAGAUUUUCUGGUUGGUUGACAGGAAGGGAUAGUUUGUAAUAACUGUGCAAUAAAUGAUAGAACACAAGUGGCUGAAUAGGGAGGUCCGCUGACAUCACACCCCACUCGCCCCCUUCUCUCAUCAAACUCCUGUAGUUGUCAUGGGUACGAAGAGACACAAAUCCAAAGAACAAAGGGGCUGAGACUUCAGACAAAAGCGACUUUGAGGGGUCAUUGUAGCAAAAGGAGAGGGGAAAAAAAACUUAACUCAAGUGACUGUCUUGGACUGUAAAGGGAGCAGAGAGCAUCACAGCUGUUACACCCCAAGCCGAAGGUCUGGAGCGGUAUGCCAGGAUGAGGACGCCACGGCUGCUGCCGCCGUUAUUUUUACUGGUGACGAUUAUGCUGCCACCAGUCCGCGCCCUGGAUACAGGUGCUUAUCUAUUUUGCUAUAUAAUCCACACCCUCUCCACACCUGGUACGCAUGACUACGGGGGCAGCAGGAGGAAGAUCUCAGCUCAGAUUUCUCUGUUGAUGUGCUAAGCUCCACUUUGUUAGAAGAUUUACGAUGAAGUCUCUAAAAUAAAAACAACUGAAAUAACCAGAAACAAACAUUGUAAUCUCAGUAUGGUGGACUUCUGUGGCCAGAACAUCAGAGGAGACGGAAUGAUCAUCAAUUCUCACAGUGAUUCCAGGAAGUAUUACUUUGUGUCUAUGGGCACUGACUGCCGUUUAACCAUGCAAGCUGCAGCCCAGCAGGACAAGGUCCAGUUCCAGUUCCGCUUUUUCCUGGUAUACAGCCUCCUGCGUAUGUCUAAUAUUCAGACUUCUGUACUGGGGGUUAAUGGCAGCGCACAUGCUUCAUCCAUCAAGGGCACCCCAAGACCCCCAGGAACACACAUUGACCCCUGCAAUGCUGGCUCAUAUGUUCAGUUUUAUGAUGGGAAAGACCUUUAUUCUGAGCCACUGGGCUUUCCUCUUUGUGGCAAAACUAUCCCCAGACCCGUCCUGUCCACAGGAAACUAUCUAACCUUGCGUCUGGUUACACGAGGGCAGCAACCCAGAGUUGACUUUGUUGGAGAUUUCACCUCUUUCCGCGUAGGUUUCAAUACUUCAGAGUGCAGGUCGACACCGUAUUUUCCUUGCCACAAUGGAAAAUGUAUCCCAUCCAGCCUGGUGUGUGACGAGCAGGACAUUGACAACUGUGGAGAUGGCAGCGAUCAAGCCAUAGGGCCUCCGGCCAACUGUGUCAGUGUGUCUGUAGACAGAAGAAACGAUGGAAGAGGUGUCAUUGGAACCGCGAUUCCCUCUGAAACCAUAAGCCCCAGCGCAGCUGCUGUACCAAACCUACAGACACCAGCGGUAAAUCUCACCUGUGGGAAUGAUGGGAACCAGAAUCUGCUCGCUCCAGACAUUGGCCAACCUCACGGGUCAAACUCAGAACUGAAAUCCUCAGCCUCCUUCCUCUACCUGUACAUCAUUCUGGGCUUUAUGGUUGGCGUCGCUCUUUUAUUCUGGUGUUGUUGGUCACCAGGCUGGUUCAUCUGGAGAGUCGGCGCCUGCAGAUUCAUUCCCUGCUGCAACUCCUUCUGCGCAUCAUGUCACCUCUGCAGCCGCAGCUGCGUCUUAAAGGACAAAAUUCGACCCAGCAAAGUGACCCCUCAGGACACAACUACUACUGAACCGGUGUGAUUCUCAUCUCUGUAUGUAGAGACAUGGCUGGUACGGGGGUGGGGUGUUAUGUGAACCCUUUAUGGUGUCACUAAGUGGACACUGUCAUCGUUCUACCUCAGGAAUCACUAGUAAAUGCACACAUACAAACAAACUGACCAUCUGUGGACUGGACGCGGGCACCUGGCUCUGCUAAAUAUUUAUUAGUUCCCUGUACAUUAUUUGUUUUUAACAAUUUUUUUUUCUCAAAAAAAAAUGUAAAAUAAAAAAAACUUUAAAUUUGCUUCUAUUGCUUUUUUUUUUUCUAAUAAACGUUGUCAAACUAAGUGACAAGAUGAGUCAGCCCAUGUUCCAAAAAU